AUGAAGAAGUUUAGUUAUCAACAAGCCAAUACUGAUCAUACUCUAUUCAUUAAACAUAGGGCUGGUAAGGUGACUUUGUUGAUUAUUUAUGUUGAUGAUAUGAUUGUGACUGGUGAUGAUACUGCAAAAAUCGAGGAACUACAGAAGUGUUUAGCAUCUGAAUUUGAGAUAAAAGAUUUGGGUAGUCUGAAAUAUUUUCUAGGAGUGGAAGUCACUCGAUCUAAACAUGGCUUAUUUCUUUCACAAAGGAAGUAUGUCAUGGACCUGUUAGCAGAUACUGGAAUGCUUGACUGUAAACCAGCUGAUACACCUAUUGUUGAGAAUCACAAACUUGGUGUUUAUGUGGAUCAGAGUUACUUAAAGUCUGCUCCUGGGAGAGGUUUAUUAUUUAAAAAAAAAAAUGGCCACUUGGAUCUAGAAGGUUACACUAAUGCAGAUUAUGCAAGGAAUAUUACAGAUAGACAUUCUACAUCUGGUUACUUCACAUUUGUUGGUGGUAACCUAGUUACGUGGCGUAGCAAGAAGCAAAACGUUGUGUCUCGGUCCUUUGCAGAGUCUGAGUACAGAGGGAUUGCCCAAGGGGUUUGUGAAAUACUGUGA